GAAGCAAUGGUGACAUUUGGGGUCUUACAUUCCAGUAAGCAAAUGAUUACACUGCCUGUGUAUGUAUUGGUAGUGCCUGCUAUCUCAAUUCAUAGGAAACAAAUAACGAUGAGUUACUGUUCAAAAACUUUGCUUUUAUUAAACAAGAAACCACACACACUUGGUGGGAAAGGAGGUACCAGGGAAGGGCAGACUUUCAAAGCUGUGUGUAUGUCCAGCUAUCAUUUUGAAAGUUGUCCAAGGGGAAACAGAGAACUCCCAGAAAGGACUAUGUGGGCAGAGUUUGGGGGGAGUGAAAGAGUUCUGAAUGUGCUGCAGGGGAGGGCGGGCAUGCAUCUGCUCAGUAUGCAGGAUUAUUAAGGACUUCAGCAUCUGUGUUUGCUCUUCCAUGACUUUAAUCAUCUGCUCAGUAGCGUCCUUUACAAACUCCUGAUUUUCUUUUCUGUCCUCCCUUUCCACUUCCCUCCACUCCUUGCGUUCCCUUUUCUCUGCAUUGGAGAAGUGCAGUACCUCCCGGAAUAUGUCUUCUUUGCUCCGUCUUGGGCGCUUUCUUAUCUGGCGGAGAUGCUUGGCCGGUAUGUGCGGAGUGUUCCUGAAGGCCACAUCUGCCGAAGCACAAGGAACAAUGCACAGAAGCAUGAUUGUUAAGUUCAUGCACAGCAUUGACACAUUUCAGUAAAAUACACCUCUGGUAACAUUACAAUCACUUUCUCACUGACCCUUGGCAAACACAUAUCUUGGCAAACACCCAAAGCAUGGUGAGUGUUGGCUGGGGGGGUGCUCUACAUGAGGAAAAGGGUGCUCCGCAAGGGUUCCGGUGCAGCCAACAAGAAAAAAAUUCUAAAAUUCUCCCACACUUUUCCACAGGUGAGGGUCAUUGUAGCAGAUAUGUCACUGCUGAGGGUAAGCAGGGAAGCAAGGGUACAUCUAGUACAUGCUUGUGGCUUCCAUCCUGAUCCCUACGCAGCUUGCCUAUGUGCCACUUUGGUCCCAAUAAGUGAUUGCCAAAUGGCGCGAGAAAGUUUCCUACAAUGAGGGGAAGGAACAAAGCUGCUCUGCCAAGGAACUUUCGGCAGAGGAUUGCCGAGUACCUCCAGGAACCUUUCCUAGAGAUCUCUCUGGGGGAUUCCUGUGAGAUCUCAGUGUGCAUCAACUCCCUGUUCCACCGUAAUGAUUAGCUGCACAGGGAAAUGUCCAGCACACAGAAACACAGCCAGCCUCCCACAUUCCUAUGCCCUGAACCCACCUCCGCACGACACAAACCACAGCCACUUACCAGGCAUCUUCUCUCCUGCUUCUUGCCCACCGGAGAGCAACUGCUGAGACUGGCUAGACAACUCCGGAGUGCUGAACAGUUCCUGGUUGCCUAGCCCCGGGAGCCUCACACCAUCAUCUAACUCCACCUCUUCAUCAAUGACUUCGUCCUCUGGGUUAGAUUCUCUUUCCGCCGCCUCCGUUCCCUCCAAAGUAUCCACGGGACUCUUGGUGGUGGAGGUGGGGUUGCCACCGAGGAUAGCAUCCAGCUCCUUAUAGAACUGGCAGGUCUUAGGUGCAGCACCGAAGCAACGAUUUGCCUCCCUUGCCAGCCUCAGCUCCUUUAUCUUCACUUUGCACUGCAGCGUGUCGCUCGUAGCCCUUCUCGCACAAGCCUUGACAGAUCUGCCUGUAAGUAUCAAAAUUCAUACAUCAAACGCAGCUGGGACUGCCCAGCUUCCUCUCCCCAAAUACUGAUCAGAUCUAGCAGCUCUGCAGUGGUCCAAGUGGGAGAGCAUUUGCUGCGAUAACCCGCCGUGGUCACCUGGGAAGAUGCGAUGAGACCUCUCCAUGGCAAACCAACAGGAAAUGGAAUUUCAAUAAUUCCCAGGGCUUCUAAGGGGGAGGGGCACAUGGUUGUUUACCUGGCUGCAGGGCAGUGGAAGUCAAACUGGUGACCAGAGCGGUCCAAUUGGGCAUUGUGGGACACCUCCUGGAGGCCAAUUAGAGUGAUAAAAUCCAGCAUGGUGUCUACACUGGCACUUUGUCAACAAAAAUUUUGCCCAGAAAGCCUUCUGUCUCUCGUCUGGGUGGUUUUAUUUUGCUGACGAAACGGCAUUUUUGCCAACAAAAGUCGCAUUGCAUUGUGUACACAUUCACUGGUUUGUCAACAAAAGCUGCUUUUUGUCAACAAAACUCCGUAGUUAGACAAGGCCUAAGUAUCCAGCAGAGAGAAUUGAACAUGUCCCUGCAAUUCUCCAGUGAUGCAUGAGCCAAUUGAAACCUAGAAGGGGCUCUGACUUCCAUCAUCACUGCAAGUGCAGGUAUUCCAGGAUCGGAGAGAGCUGAAGCUAGCAGCUCCUACUUUGAUUUCUGCUCUAAGUGACUGGGAGGAGUGGGGAGGAACAGCAAUGACAUGAGCUACUCUGUUGGUCUUUAGAUUUAUCCCCAAAUACCAAUGUGUAUUGUAAGAUAACUUCUGCACAUCGCCCAUGUGCAUACCGUGUUCUGAAACCAUAACGCUCAGGUUUGUUUUAGCCCUUUUUUCUUAAAGCAGAACGUAUGAGUAUUCCCUUUCCAGCAUGCACACACACACUUCAUUCUCCUUCCAGUCCUAUCUUCACCAUGUUUAACAAUCAGGCUGACCAUAGUUUAACUCAUUUGUGUGCCAGGAGAUGGCAAGAGGAGGGGUGGCCCCACUUGUGAGAUCCAGGUGGAACACUUCCGUUAGAAGCCCAGCAUCUCCUGCCUCCUCCUCCAGUGGCUGGGUGGGAUUUCUACCAGGGUGCUAACCAGUUCCUGCUUGGAGGUGCCAUCUUACGUAUCAGCCUCUGGUUAGUAGAUAAAAUGAAAGAUAUGCCUCCCUCUUACUGUUGGAUCAGAGAAGAGAUUCCUGGUUUUUUUGCUCCUCCAGAGUCUUUUGGUUGUUGCAAGCAGGGUAGGUUUCACUACUCCUUCCUUAGGUCUCCAUUUCCUGGAUCCUCCUACCCUGUGAGUAAGUAUAGUUCCUGUCUCUACUGCUGCAUAAACCAUUCCCCAGCAGCAGCAGUGUGACAGUGACAUGGCCCUUGACAGUUGCACAGCUAGUUUCUGAAACAAGCAGUGAAACUGACCAGAGUUUUAUUUAUUUCUCUCUGAAGUUUGGCCAAAGUUACUGAGCAGCAGCAGAGGCACUGGAGCUGUCUGGGUCCAGACUCAGGAAGCAACACUGCCUUGGUUUGCAUUUGGUUCACAUUUGCAGAAUUAUCCUUGAAACCAUAAGGUCUAAAAGCUUAAUUUAAAACAAAUUUUGCAGAAAUUCAUGGUUUGGGGCCCCUAUGCUCACCGGGAGUAUGGAUUCAAGCCCUUUCAUCUGUCAACAUGGACAGGAUCAAACUGCAUUCAAUCCAGGUUUAGAGUCCUUCUAGCCUCGCUCUCCCCCUGGGAUAAAACACAUUAGACACAAUAAUUGGUCAUAAUUUGCUCUCAUUCAUCAGCUGGCAGAACUAGUUAUAACCCAGACAACCAAGUUUAAAACAUGCUUAAGCACAGUUUUCCAGAUCGUGGUUAAAAGUCCUAUGUAGAUGGGGCCUCUAUAUGUUUAUUUUGCCCCUUCUUCUUUUCCCAUUCAAUAUGAACUGGUAGUUUUAACAUUGAGCAAGUUCACUGGGGUACAAUGACGUGCCAAAUGUCUAUCCAUCAAUUCAGAAUGAUCAGCUACUCUAGGUGCUGAUCACACUGGAUACUUUUGACAUGCCACACCAUGCUGCUGCCACAUUUUUCCAACGUCACCAAGAUUCAUUCAAGUUCAGAAACAAAGUGGCGACCUAAAUGAAGACACCCUGGAGACAGAAAAUGCAGCUGCUGCAGCCGCUGCUGCCUUCACAGCUUCCACACAUCUGAAAGAAGCUGUCUUAGUGAAGAUGGCUGAAGAGGAGGACAGCUUGGAGGCUGAGAUUGUUUAUCCCAUCACCUGCGGAGAUAGUAAAGCCAACCUGAUAUGGAGGAAGUUCGUGUGCCCAGGCAUUAAUGUGAAAUGUGUCCAGUAUGAUGAUCACCUAAUUAGUCCCAAAGAGUUUGUCCACUUGGCUGGCAAGUCAACCCUGAAGGACUGGAAGCGAGCAAUCCGGAUGAAUGGGAUCAUGCUCAGGAAGAUCAUGGACUCUGGAGAGCUGGAUUUCUACCAACAUACCAAGGUCUGUUCAAACACCUGCCGAAGCACUAAAAUUGACCUGACCGGAGCCAGAGUGUCUCUGACCAGCCAGACGUCAACAGAGUAUAUUCCUCUCACCCCUGCCUCUGCAGACGUAAAUGGAUCUCCUGCUACAAUCACCAUAGAAACUUGUGAGGAAGCCAGUGAUUGGACCACUAGCAUUGGAGAUGACACGUUUGCAUUCUGGCGAGGUCUGAAGGAUGCAGGGCUGCUGGAAGAAGUGAUUGAGGAGUUUCACCAGGAGCUUGUGGAGACCAUGAAGGGCUUACAGCAGCGGGUCCAGGAUCCUCCCUUACAGCUCAGUGAUGCUGUCUUACUCAACAACAUAGUCCAGAAUUUCGGCAUGCUGGACCUGGUAAAGAAAGUUCUAGCUAGCCACAAGUGCCAGAUGGAUCGCUCAAGAGAACAAUACACACGGGAUUUAGCAGCAUUGGAGCAGCAAUGUGACGAGCACCGCAAGCGAGCAAAGGAGCUGAAGCACAAAUCGCAGCAUCUCAACAACGUGCUGAUGACUCUGACUCCAGUCUCCAUCCCAGCACCUUUAAAACGCCCCAGACUUACCAGGGCCACCUCUGGGCCAGCUGCUAUCACCUCUCAAGUCCUGACCCAAUCAGCACAAAUUGCCUUGGCCCCAGGAGUGCCCGUCUCGCAGCUUGCCAACCUCCCUCUCAGCAAAGUGGUGUCUGCCCUUCCAGCCUCAGUGCUUGGGAAAAGUACAUCUCAGGCUCCCUCAGCCAGCUCCCCAGCCUCUCCGUUAUUGGGAGGAUACACUGUACUGGCUUCCUCAGGCUCUAGUUUCCCCAACACCGUUGAGAUCCAUCCCGAUGCUUCCAACCUGACAGUCCUCAGCACGGCAGCCAUACAAGAUGGCAGCACUGUGGUGAAAGUGGUGAGCCCUUUUCAGCUGCUCACCCUCCCGGGACUAGGCACCACCAUACAGAACGUAACACAAAUGGCUCCCAGCGGGAGCACGAUUGUGACGGUGCCGUCGAGCGCCGUUGAGGAUGCCACGGCGUCGGACGAACACACCACCACCAUCGAGGUGACAACAGUGGCAGAAGAGCCAGAGCAGAAAUGAAAAGGGGACUUGCCUGGAGGGACAUUUUUUUGUGACGUACUCUGGCUUGAGCUGCCUUUUCUCUGCCUGCGCUGAGGGAAGAGGGAACAGUAUAAAGAGGGCACAGGGAAUUGAGACUCUGAGGUAGAUUGGCUAAAAGGAGUAAUAAUGAGGUUUGAGCCAAAGAAAGGGAAAAAGAGAGACCCCCCAAAAAAGGGGGGAAAAUGAAUCGCACUGACCCAUUAACCAGUUUACAUAUAAAACUUUCCUCCCGUGUUUUCCUGGAACACAUGUUAUCUUCAUGUCUAGUUCACUAGCUCUGAAUCGUCUCUAGACAUCUCAGCUGGAACAGAGCGUCAAGAGAAGCAGAUGUGGGCAGGGCCUGAGAACAGGGAAUGAGCAGAAAGUAGCGAAAGGUUAAGGAAACAAUAGAUGAUGAGGCAUUUUACCAGAACCUAAGGGGUAAGUGGCCAAGGGGCACUCCUGAGUUCUGGCAUGAUUCAAUACUGCAUGUAGGCCAACAAUACUAGGGAAUCUGCUGCUUCCCCCUCACAGCAGAGGGCAGUUUGGGAAGCUGGUGUUUUGGAGGGUGGGCCGGUACAGAGUGCAUAACUGGGCAUGAAGAAUGUGCAUGACAGUUGAGGUAAAGCAGCCUUGGACCAGGGAAGGUCCUCUGAUGUGUGGCAGUCACAGGGCUGAUCCAAGUGACCCUUGUUGCUGGUUUCUGCACAUAAUGUUGGGUUUGGGUAGUUAAAUGCAGUAUCUCAAUAUUACCAAAUGUGCAGUCUCCUCAUUGUGAGCGAGAUGCUGGUCUCCCAAGUCUGAUCAUUUAGAGGGGAAGGGGGGACAGUUAUUAAAGCUUUUGAUUCCAUCCAGGGACAGGUGUGGAAAAUCUGUAUCUUCUGAGGAUUUAGGGUCUCCUUCUGUUUUCUCAAAAAUCUGUUCUUUUGGGUUUUUUAAAAAAGGAAACUCUUGUGGCCCUUCUGGUUGUGAAGAUGAUAUCCAGGGGCACAGUUGUACUGUUGAGUAUGCAGAGAAAACAAUUAAAUAAUAGCACUAAGAGACAUCUGAACUUCUUCCAUCUUAGCAGGUGUUAACUGUGGAAUCUAAUUGUCUCCAUGUCUCUGCUAACCUCUUAUCAGAAGCAUCUAGCCAGUGAGCCUUAUCUAGUGUGGCUGGGUGUUCUUGUCCCCUCCCAAUGCGUCCAAAAGGAUAUUUUGUGGGCUGCAAGGUUUGAAUAUGCAAAUAGAAUAUUCAGAUAUCAAAUACUCUUUUGAUUAUUCAGCUCGCUGAGAGGUUCGCUACUGUCCUUAUUUUUGUAAAAGUAGUGUGUGUGUGUGAAAGUGACAUUUCAGCUAGAGACAGUGUUAAAGGGGCUGGAUUCCUGCAGUGUGGGUUUUCUAUCAACUUGAUCUGGCAGCAGCAGCAACAACAGGUCACUUUAAUAAGCUAAUAAAUAUUUUUGAAAGAGUG